GGAGAAGAAGAGGGAGCAGCCGUAAACGUAAAUAUGUCAAAAUGUAGGGCAGCAGCUCUCUAGUAUUUUACAGAAUAACGUUACUGAAGCUGUCACGCAAUGUCGUUUAGCCUAACAUGGAUGAAGUUAACUUCGCCCUUCUUACUGUUUGGAGAUGCGUGGAAGCCUGCUGCCUCCUAUUAGACGUCCUAAUCCGGACCCUCAAAUGGCUGCUUUGUUCCGUUUCCGACCUGUGCUGUUCCCUCCACAGCACCAUGCUCGCCCUCUGUGGCUCAGACAUUACUGAAUAUGGGAACUUCGCCCUUUUCUCCUUCCUCACUGCCACAGAGGUGUUCUCCAGCGCCGUCCACGGGGCCUUGGGUACCAUCGAAAGCUGGUUGCAGACACUGGGUGGUGUGUUUGAGAGUUCCAAAAUGAUAGGACACCUUCUGUGUCAUGUUGCUUGGCGCGCUAAGGACCUACUGCAGCGUGGCUUCAUCUUGGGGACGAGCAUCCUGCGGCAGACGUGCGAUGCCCUCUGCAUUGCACUCAGCCUCGCGGUCUACUUUGUCAACACUGUGGUGAACAUGCUCCUCAUCACCACACAGAACUGUGUGUCCAUGUUGGCAGGGGUGUGGGAGGCAGUGGCGGCUCCUGUGCACAAAGCCGUAGAGUUGACUCUGACGGUGUUGACCUUCCUGUACAGCUGUCUUGUAGGUGUGUCCGUCCUGCUGUGGACACCCUGCCAGCUGCUGCUAGACUUCAUCACAGCGCUCACCCAUGUCAUCUUCUCCGUGUUAAUGGCUGAUACGUACAUUCUGACUGCAGCAAUGGUAAUGUCAUUGGGUUUGCUGAUGCUGAACCCAAGGUUUCAGGUCCUCAUGGGGCAGCCAGGCUUUUGCAUAGUCAAUGCUCUGCAUCGCGUACAGGUGGCUGUACAGAGAGUGUAUGUAGUAAUUCAGGAACAAGCUCUCUCAUUUCAGGCAAUUUACAGCAGGACAGCACAGGAUGGGAGUAGAACCCAAACCGUAGAGACUUCAUUUAGACCUGCUGAGGCAGAUCCACUGGUGUCCAAUGAACCUCAGCUCAGCUCUCUACCAGGAAGAAGCAGCAACAGAGACAGCAGGUCUUCCUCAGCAGAAGGCAGGACUAGUCAGUCACAACUUAACACUUCUCUAAAAUAUCGCAGUGGCCCAUUAACUGAUGGGGAGCUGCUCAGCCUGCUGAAGGAGCAGGAGGAGAGGAAGAAAUGUGUCAUCUGUCAGGAUUCCAGUAAAACAGUUCUGUUGCUGCCCUGCCGCCACCUCUGCCUCUGCCGCCACUGCACUGACAUUCUGACCCAGCGGCAGCAUGUCCAGCAGCGCUGCUGUCCUCUCUGCCGCCAGCACAUUACACAGACCAUGGAGGUAUUUCUGUGAAACAAAAGCUUUGGUGUCAUGUUGACCAGUAGCACAAAAGGAAAGAAAGCCUUUCAAGACUGGGCUGCACCAACAAAGACCAGUUUAAUCUGGCUUUAGGGCUAAUUGCAAGUUUGUAAACUAGACUGAAAACAAGUGAAUCCAGUAGGACUAUAUGGUUUGAGAAAAGUCAGAAAAGUUUGAUGACAUGGUUAAAUUUUUAAUGUCGAUAUGAUAAAGAAAGACUAAACAAAUAACCUUCACAGUGGUGACCAAAUUGACAUCAGUUAAUCUGAAUUUAACUAACAGCUCCAUCCAGUUGGCCCUAAUGAAUGUGAAUAAAAGGAUUUUUUUUUUUUUUUUAAUCAUUGCGGUUAAGUCUCCUACAACGUGUUUAUUGCACAUAUUCAUGUUAGGAUGAUGAAAAUGCAUUCAUCAGUCUGCCCUAGAAUACAGACGAGGCUGAAAACGAGGCAGAACUCUGAAACCAUCAUCUUAAACCAUGAUUUAAUCUGAUUUAAAAUGAAUCCUUGUUGAUACACCCAGUCUAAGAGGAAAACUUGCAGUAGUAGUCCUUGUUUAUAUGGAUGAAUGACACUUCCUGAAAAACACAGGCCUGUGAUUCAAUGGAAGACUGCUGCUGGUAUUUCAUACAUUCAAGUACAUGUUUCCUUACAGCUGCUGCAAAAAAAGUUAAUUGCCCCUUAAAUUAAAACAUCCUAUGUAAUACUGUUACAAUCCAUUGUGCAAUUGUUGCAGUGCCACAGGUAUUGUUGAACACAGAUAUGCCUUUCAAGUGUCUGCAGAUUAAUACAGGCAGGUGACAAAUUAAAGGAAAGAACAACAUAAAGUAUCUUAGUAAGGUGCUGGACCCCCAUGUGCCUCCAGAACAGCUUCGAAUAGCCUUAUUAGGCCGUCUGAUCUGGCCAAAGAUCAACAUGCACGUAUUUUAAUGGGGAAUCACACUCUGAAUCAUGAUUUUUCUUACUUUUUGUUGGCUAGCUACAAACUAUAGAGUUUUUUCCCUUUAGGUUUGUGGAAAGUUUAGGAUGAGGUGUGAUGUGGUUUUGUUAUUUGGCUAAAGAUGAUGCAUUUUAUAACAUGUAACAGAUAUUACAAUAUCCAGAAGAAGCCAGAGUUUGAAGAAACAUGAAGCAGAUCGACUCACUGAUGGUUUAAACACUAUGUCCACGUAUUCAUAAACACAGUUUGGUUAUUAGUGUGUUUGAUAUUAGAGUUUUUUUAAUGAGCUGAAAUUAUUUUACACAUUUAUGACUGUAUUUCCUCAGCAACAACAAAGCACAUCACACAAAUUUCUGCAGAUUCAAGUGAAAUUACCAAAUGCCUUUAGUUCCAUUGGACUCUAAAGAAUCACAAGAAAUGGUCUUAAAACACAUGCUAGCCUAGCAUCGGUAAUGAUACAAACACCUCAAGUUGCAAGUCUUUCAGACAUUCAGCAUAUUUCAGAUGAGGAUGUUCAGAGGAGUGGAAGAAUAAAGGUUGGACAGCACUAUUUUUCCUUUCAUUUGUCAUCUGUCAGUAUUUAUAUCUAAUUCCUUAUAUCAGACUGUUAAAAUUCCACUUCAUGUACCACUCUGAAUGUGUGUUGUUUUUUUUUGUAUUUAUUGUUUUUUUCCUCAUUUUUGAGCCCCAUGCAGUGAAUGUGACACUGUCACACAAACAGCUGUGAGUACAUGCGAUUAAAGCAGUAACAAAACACUAUUUAAUACUUGAAAAGUAGUUAUUUGGCAACACUUCUGGAAAUUUUUUUACCACCUGUUUUCAGCAUAGACAUAUUAAAUAAGCCCUAUCUACUGAUGGUGCCUUGUUGUAAUACUGACCAAUUGCACUAUAUGUAUUGCACUGGUUACUCUAUUAUUAGCACAAAAAACAAUUUAUCAUUGUGUCAGUGAAGCUCUUUAGUCUUUUGGGGUGUGUAAAAUGUGAAAUAGUUACUGAACUGGAUUUAUAUUCGACAGAACGUUUGAUUGUUUCAAAGAUUUCACGCUGUUUUGUGUAUGUAAAAGGAUGUCUUUUCAUUUGUAUUUAUUCUCUGAAAAAUGAGCAGUAUCAAUUGGAUUUAACUCGGUAAAUUGUUCAGAUCCUUCAGUUGUAUAAUUACUGCAGUGAUGAAUAUGCUCUGGCUGCAACAAGUUCUUUAACCCUUUAACUGAUGCAGGGAGUAGCUUCUCAUUUCUUAAACAACGCUCAGUUUCACAGAGAGCAUGGAGACUGGACAAAGCCAAGAACAAUACGGCUCAGAUUGUGAAAGAGUUGUUCAGGAAGCAUGAGACGUCAUAUUCACACAUGGAUUGGACACCGCAGAGUCCAGACCUGAACCAUGCUGAGAACCUUUGGGAUGUGAUAGAGAAGACUUUGCACUGUGGUCCAACUCUCCAGCAUCAAUACAAGAUCUUAAUGUGACUAUGGAUGGAAAUAAGUCCUCUGACAUUUACUGUGACAUUACAUAAGGAUUGCGUGGAAUGCACAAUGCCUGUAAUCAAAACCAAAGGUGGUCCAAGAAAAUACUGUUUUGUGACAUACUUUUCAGCUAGAUAAUUUAUGUUAUUUCUAGUGUUUCCAACAACAUUUGCAUUCAAACUCACAUAAUUCUGUGUUCCAUUUGCAUACCAAAUAUGUGUUGUAAUGAAAGCUGAAGGAACUCAAGCAAAAAUAUUUUGAACCCCCUCUUGUGGCAAAACUAGAUUAUUGCUGGUUCUUUUGAUAUUGUAUAGAAACAAUUCAGCAAUUGUCACAAAUAAAAAAAAUUAAAAUGAAAAACACUACACUAGUCUCUAGAAGGUUAAAAAAAAAA